GUGUCCCGGCCCCCACAGCGCCCGGCAGCCGCCGCGGGAGGAGCGGAAACCGCCGGGUGCGCCCGCCCAGAGCCUUGCCGGCCCAGAGCGCGCAGAGGAGCGGCGGGGCGGCCUCUGUCCAGCCCGGACCCCCCGAGCGGCGCGCGCGUCCCCUCCGCGCAGCCCCGCCCAGACCUCGCCCGAGCUCGCCGCUGGCCCCUGAACCGUCCCCGGGGGCCCGAUCGCGACCACCUGAGAUCGCCGCGCCCACCUGCGCCCGUGUACCGGCACCAUGGCGCAGCAGGAGGACCUGGAGUUCGGCAAGGCGGACUUCGUGCUGAUGGACACUGUGUCCAUGCCCGAGUUCAUGGCCAACCUCAGACUCAGAUUUGAGAAGGGGCGCAUCUAUACGUUCAUUGGCGAAGUUGUUGUUUCUGUGAAUCCUUACAAGUCUCUGAACAUCUAUGGGAGGGACACAAUUGAGCACUAUCGAGGCCGCGAGCUCUACGAGAGACCCCCUCAUCUUUUUGCUAUUGCUGAUGCUGCUUACAAAGCUAUGAAGAGGCGAUCAAAAGACACCUGUAUUGUGAUAUCAGGGGAAAGUGGAGCUGGUAAAACAGAAGCCAGUAAGUACAUCAUGCAGUACAUUGCGGCCAUCACCAACCCCAGUCAGAGAGCAGAGGUGGAAAGAGUGAAGAAUAUGCUGCUUAAGUCCAACUGUGUUUUGGAAGCUUUUGGAAAUGCCAAAACCAACCGUAAUGACAACUCAAGCAGGUUUGGAAAAUACAUGGAUAUCAACUUUGAUUUCAAAGGAGACCCUAUUGGUGGGCAUAUCAACAACUACUUAUUGGAGAAGUCUCGAGUGAUUGUGCAGCAGCCAGGAGAAAGAAGCUUUCACUCUUUCUAUCAGCUACUCCAAGGAGGGUCAGAGCAGAUACUGCGCUCUCUACACCUGCAGAAAUCCCUUUCAUCCUACAACUAUAUCCAUGUUGGAGCUCAGUUAAAGUCCUCUAUCAAUGAUGCUGCAGAAUUCAAAGUUGUAGCUGAUGCCAUGAAAGUAAUUGGCUUCAAACCCGAGGAGAUUCAAACAGUAUAUAAAAUUCUGGCUACUAUUCUUCACUUGGGAAAUUUAAAAUUUGUAGUGGACGGUGACACACCUCUCAUCGAGAACACCAAGGUUGUGUCUAUCAUAGCAGAAUUGCUCUCUACUAAGACAGACAUGGUUGAGAAAGCCCUUCUCUACAGGACAGUGGCCACAGGCCGUGACAUCAUCGACAAGCAGCACACAGAACAAGAAGCUUGCUACGGCCGAGAUGCUUUUGCCAAGGCAAUAUAUGAGCGCCUUUUUUGUUGGAUCGUUACUCGCAUUAAUGAUAUCAUUGAGGUCAAGAACUAUGACACCACAAUUCAUGGGAAAAACACUGUUAUUGGUGUGUUGGAUAUCUAUGGCUUUGAAAUCUUUGACAACAACAGCUUUGAACAGUUCUGCAUCAAUUACUGCAAUGAGAAACUGCAGCAGCUAUUUAUCCAGCUGGUUCUGAAGCAGGAACAAGAGGAGUAUCAGCGGGAGGGCAUCCCGUGGAAGCAUAUUGACUACUUCAACAAUCAGAUCAUUGUGGACCUUGUGGAGCAGCAGCACAAAGGCAUCAUUGCCAUCCUAGAUGACGCUUGCAUGAAUGUCGGCAAAGUCACUGAUGAAAUAUUCCUUGAGGCACUGAACAGUAAAUUGGGCAAACAUGGUCAUUUUUCCAGCCGAAAGGUCUGUGCCUCAGACAAAAUCCUGGAGUUUGAUCGGGAUUUUCGAAUCCGGCAUUAUGCAGGCGAUGUGGUCUAUUCUGUCGUUGGCUUUAUUGACAAAAAUAAAGAUACUUUAUUUCAAGAUUUCAAGCGUCUUAUGUAUAACAGUUCAAAUCCUGUGCUGAAGAAUAUGUGGCCUGAAGGCAAACUGAGCAUUACAGAGGUGACCAAGCGACCUCUGACUGCAGCCACCUUGUUUAAGAAUUCUAUGAUUGCUUUAGUUGACAACCUUGCUUCAAAGGAACCAUAUUAUGUACGUUGCAUCAAACCCAACGACAAGAAAUCCCCUCAGAUAUUCGAUGAUGAGCGUUGCCGGCACCAAGUGGAAUACCUUGGACUGCUGGAAAACGUGAGAGUGCGCCGAGCCGGGUUUGCCUUCCGCCAGACCUACGAGAAAUUCCUCCACAGGUACAAGAUGAUCUCUGAAUUCACGUGGCCCAACCAUGACCUUCCUUCAGACAAAGAGGCUGUCAAGAAACUGAUAGAAAAAUGUGGUUUUCAGGAUGAUGUGGCUUAUGGGAAGACCAAAGUUUUCAUUCGAACACCCCGUACAUUGUUUACCUUGGAGGAACUCCGUGCCCAGAUGCUCGUACGGAUUGUUCUCUUUCUACAAAAGGUGUGGCGGGGCACCUUGGCCCGCAUGCGGUACAGGAGGACCAAGGCGGCUCUGACGAUAAUCAGGUACUACCGGCGUUACAAAGUCAAGUCCUACAUCCACGAGGUGGCCAAGCGCUUCCAGGGCGUCAAGACCAUGAGAGACUAUGGGAAGCACGUGAAGUGGCCGGCCCCUCCUAAAGUUCUGCGCCGAUUUGAGGAAUCCCUCCAGGCCAUUUUUAAUAGAUGGAGAGCAGCCCAGCUCAUCAAGAGCAUACCUGCUUCCGACCUGCCCCAGGUCAGGGCAAAGGUCGCAGCCAUGGAAAUGUUGAAGGGUCAGAGGGCUGACCUUGGGCUCCAGAGGGCCUGGGAGGGCAACUAUCUUGCUUCGAAGCCGGAUACACCUCAGACCUCAGGCACGUUCGUCCCUGUUGCUAAUGAACUGAAACGGAAGGACAAAUACAUGAACGUCCUCUUUUCCUGUCACGUCCGUAAGGUGAAUCGAUUUAGUAAGGUGGAAGACCGAGCCAUUUUUGUCACUGACCGUCACCUGUAUAAAAUGGAUCCCACUAAACAGUACAAGGUGAUGAAGACUAUCCCUCUAUACAAUUUGACUGGUCUGAGCGUCUCCAAUGGAAAGGACCAACUUGUAGUGUUCCAUACAAAAGAUAACAAAGACCUCAUUGUGUGCCUCUUCAGCAAGCAGCCCACCCAUGAGAGUCGAAUUGGAGAACUUGUUGGAGUCCUGGCGAAUCAUUUCAAGAGAGACAGAGUUUCACUGAGUUGCUGAAGCUCCUUUUGAUCC